ACUUCCACCAGCGCGAGCGUCAACGAGCGGGGCUGUGACAGUCAGACACCGGUUGGAGCCGACUUGUGUCCCCGGCCGCUCAUUACCGCCGCGUGCUCUAAAAGGAGGUCCUCUCCACUCAAGCGACCAGAGAGGGGCUCCUGUCUGUCGGCGUGAAGAGCCUCCGUCUCCCCCCUCAGCCUGGCUGGAGCUGUCGCCUCGUCCUCGUCUAGCUCCACAGUGGAACUCUAGCCCCUCCAUCAGGACCGUGGCAGAGUGUCGAGGACCGGCGGCCAGCGGGGCUCCAUGAGUGCGACGGGGCAGCAGCAAGGGGGGACCCUGCGCUCUCGUCGGGGGCUCUUGCGGGACAAGGACCCCGCCGGGCAAGGCAUAGGCAUGGAGGCGAGCUGCUGGCUGGCCCCCGGGGUCCUGCGCCGGCUGAUUGAGCUGCCCUCGCCCCCCCUCUCCAGACACCAGCUAAAAAGACUGGAGGAGCACAGGUACAGCAGUGCAGGCCGCUCGCUGCUGGAGCCUCUGAUGCAGCGUUACUGGGAGUGGCUGGUGGCUCGCGUCCCUGCCUGGAUCGCCCCCAACCUGAUCACCAUUAUUGGCCUGGCGACCAACAUCUUCACUACACUGGUGCUGGUCUACUACUGCCCGACCGCCACCGAGCAGGCUCCUCUCUGGGCGUACCUGCUGUGUGCGGUGGGUCUCUUCGUGUACCAGUCGCUGGACGCCAUCGAUGGCAAGCAGGCCAGGCGCACCAACAGCAGCUCACCACUGGGGGAGCUCUUUGACCACGGCUGUGACUCCCUCUCCACCGUGUUUGUUGUGUUGGGGACCAGCAUAGCCGUGCAGCUGGGCACCAACCCGGACUGGAUGUUCUUCUGUUGCUUUGCUGGAAUGUUUAUGUUCUACUGCGCCCACUGGCAGACCUACGUGUCGGGAACGCUACGAUUUGGCAUCAUCGACGUGACAGAGGUGCAGCUCUUCAUCAUCACCAUGUACCUGCUGGCCGCUGUGGGAGGCUCCUCGCUCUGGCAGUCACUGAUUCCCAUCCUAAAUAUCCAGAUGAAAAUGGUCCCUGCCAUUUUCACAUUUUUAGGAGCCAUCUUCUCCUGCACCAACUACUUCAGAGUUAUCUUCACAGGAGGCGUGGGCAAGAACGGCUCCACAAUAGCGGGAACCAGCGUCCUCUCUCCCGUCCUGCACAUCGGCUCUGUCAUAGUCCUGGCCGUCAUGAUUUACAAGAAGUCUUCUGUCCAGCUCUUUGAGAAACACCCGUGUCUUUAUAUUCUGGCGUUUGGCUUCGUCUCCGCCAAAAUCACCAAUAAAUUAGUUGUAGCACACAUGACAAAAAGUGAGAUGCACCUCCACGAUUUAGCCUUCUUGGGACCAGGGCUCCUCUUCCUCAAUCAGUAUUUCAAUAGUUUUAUUGACGAGUACCUGGUGCUGUGGAUUGCACUGGUAAUUUCCCUGUUCGACCUGGUGCGCUACAGUAUCAGCGUCUGCAACCAGAUCGCCAGCCACCUCCACAUCUUCGUCUUCAAGAUCAAGCCGUGUUCCGUCCUCGGCUCGCCCGAGCACUGAGCUCCCUCUCCGCCAUCAGUCGCUCUCGCCCCUCCCGUCCCCACGUAGGCCCGCCGUGUAAAGUGAAUGUCGGGACAAGUCACCUGUCCUAAUGGUACUGCAGUGUGUUUGCUUUUCACACAGGACAUUGUUCAGGUGCUACCACAGCAGGGAAUCCACGCCCCGCAAGAAAAGGUCACCACUCCGACUCUUAGAUGUUCUCUCGUUACAUUUCUGCUACUGUAAAUACAAAGUUUCUUCAGACCCUCUGCAGAGCACCAUUUAUUAUUAUUAUUAGUGUAUAUUCUGUUCACUGACUAUGUACUGAUCCUACUUGUAUUUAUUUGCCAACUAGGCUGCAGCGUUGUUGUCAUUGUAAGAACACUCAGCAGCCAACUUUCUUUUCGCCUCAAGCAGCGGCCCGAAUCGUCUUACGCACUUUUGAUCUUCGUUCAAAUUCAGGUUGGCCAACCAGCGGUGACUUCAGAGGUCCGCAGCAAGUAAGUACAGGCCAGUACAGUACAGGCCAAACGUUUGGACACACCUUCUCCUCGUCUUCUCUAUUUUCAUUUACAAUGUAGCUUGUCACAUCAAAACUAGGAAUGAACACACGUGGAGUUAUGGACUUGACAAAAAAAGGGGAAAUAACUGAAAACUUGUUUUGUAUUCCAGUUUUUUUGCACACUCUUAGCAUUCUCUGGAUGAGCUUCAAGCACACCUGUGAAGUGAAAACCAUUUCAGGCGAUUACCUCUUAGGAUAGAAGAGAAUAGAAAGUAUUUUAUUGAUCCCUGGGGGAAAAUCAGCACCACAGUUCACUCAUAAUACACAAUAAACACGUUGGUAUUUUUUAAAUGUGAAUAAUAUGAAUACAGUCUAUUAUACAGCAUUAUUCACAUGUGAAUGAUAUAAAUACAGUCUAUUAUACAGCAUUAUUCACAUGUGAAUAAUAUAAAUACAGUCUAUUAUACAGCAUUAUUCACAUGUGAAUAAUAUAGUCUAUUCUAUAGUAUUAUUCACAUGUGAAUGAUCUAAAUACAGUAUUAUACAGCACUAUUCACUUGUGAAUAACAUAAAUGCAGUCUAUUAUACAGCAUUAUUCACACGUAAAUAUCAUGGUCUUAUACAGCAUUAUUCACAUGUGAAUAACAAAUAGUAUUAUACAGCAUUAUUCACAUGUGAAUAAUAUAAAUACAGUCUAUUAUACAGCAUUAUUCACAUGUGAAUAAUAUAAAUACAGUCUAUUAUACAGCAUUCUUCACAUGUGAAUAAUAUAAAUAGUCUAUUAUAGAGCAUUAUUCACAUGGGAAUAAUAUAAAUACAGUCUAUUAUAGAGCAUUAUUCACAUGUGAAUAAUAUAAAUACAGUCUAUUAUACAGCAUUAUUCACAUGUGAAUAAUAUAGUCUAUUCUAUAGUAUUAUUCACAUGUGAAUGAUAUAAAUACAGUCUAUUAUACAGCACUAUUCACUUGUGAAUAACAUAAAUGCAGUCUAUUAUACAGCACAUUAUUCACACGUAAAUAUCAUAGUCUUAUACAGCAUUAUUCACAUGUGAAUAACAAAUAACAGUAUUAUAAAGCAUUAUUCACAUGUGAAUAUUAUAAAUACAGUCUAUUAUAGAGCAUUAUUCACAUGUGAAUAAUAUACAGUCUAUUAUACAGCAUUAUUCACAUGUGAAUAAUAUAAAUACAGUCUAUUAUACAGCAUUAUUCACAUGUGAAUAAUAUAAAUACAGUCUAUAAAACAACAUUAUUCACAUGUUAAUAUAAAUAGUCCAUUAUACAUCAUUAUUCACAUGUGAAUAACAAACAGUUUAUUAUACAGCAUUAUUCACAUUUGAAUAAUAUAAAUACAGUCUAUUGUACAGCAUUAUUCACAUGUGAAUAAUAUACAGUCUAUUAUACAGCAUUCUUCACAUGGGAAUAAUAUAAAUACAGUCUAUUAUAGAGCAUUAUUCACAUGUGAAUAAUAUAAAUACAGUCUAUUAAACAUUAUUCACAUGUUAAUAUAGUCUAUUAUACAUCAUUAUUCAUAUGUGAAUAACAAACAGUUUAUAAUACAGCAUUAUUUAAAUGUUAAUAAUAUAAAUGCAGUCUAUUAUGCUGCAUUAUUCACAUGUGAAUAACAAAUACAGUCUAUUAUACAGCAUUAUUCACAUGUGAAUAACAAAUACAGUCUAUUAUACAGCAUGAUUCACAUGUAAAUAACAUCAAUACAGUCUAUUAUACAGCAUUAUUCACGUGUGAAUAAUAUAAAUAUAUUAUACAUUUACAGUACAUCUACAGUACUUGAAGCACAUGGAGAGAAUGCCAAGAGUGUGCAAAACAGUAAUCAGAGCAAAGGGUGGCUAUUUUGAAGGCACUAGAAUAAAAAAACAUGUUUUCAGUUAUUUCACCUUUUUUUUUUAAGUCCACAACUCCACUUGUGUUCAUUCAUAGUUGUGGUGUGACAAUCUACAAUGUAAAUCGUCCCGAAAAUAAAGAAAACGCAUUGUUGCAAACUUUAGGCCGGUACUGUAGCUGCGGGAAACUGUUUUUGCUGGUUUAUAGUUGGAAGCUUCAGAUGCACACCAUUUUAAUGGGAUGUCUUAUAUCUGAUGGCGCUUCUAGCAACUUCCUGGUGGUCCACAUUGGCAUUAUCCCCGCUACAUUCCAAUCAAAGUGACGCUCGCUAAGGAGUGAAAAGACACAACCUCAUCUAAUAUUCCUCCGUCGCUCACUAUUAACAGGCUGCCACUCACCUUUCUUCAUUUUGCACAUUGUGCCUGUUUCUUGUUGGGAGUCGCAGCCAAGAGUUUCUAUCAUGUUGACGUCGUCUUAACGUGGCCGCUUCAAAGAGGUGUGUUUCGCCCAAAUCUUCAAAGGCUUUUGUCUUCUAAUGCCUUCAGGUGGACUAUCUAGCGAAUGGUCAUAACUCUUUGUAGAAUAACGAUGUCAAGUUCAGACGGGAGAGCAGUCGGUGUCGUUACCAACAUCUUUGAUCGGAGUAUUUGAAGUCCACAUGUGCAUGAAUUGGAUUGAGAAACCACAUUCAGUAUAAGAAAGAAAAGGUCAUGUAGAAUAAAAAAAUAAAGCCAUUAUUUUUUAUGAGAUUAAA